GGGUUUUGAGGUGGGGUUUGCUUAAGAGCAGUCCUUCAAGACUGAGUCAGUCACCAGAACUCCUCACAACGCAGCUCUCACAGCUGCCUAUUGGUGGUAUAACUAUCAGUUGUAUUGAUACUUGUAUUUCAGUUGUAACUGUCAUUUUCAUCAGUACUUUUAAACACCUCUGGGUUUUCUGUGCUAAGGAUACUGCAAACAUUCAUUAAAGAAAUAUUAGCUUCAAGAAUAAAGUCAUGAAGAUGCUUCGUUUUGCUCUAUGGAUGUUUCUUGUCAUGCCUAUAAUAUUUGCGUCCGAGGACGUUCUCUAUUUCAGGCGGCAGGAGGGGGAGUCUGUAGAUCUCCCUUGUGAGCAGGGGGAGAAGGGCACCCCUCCGAUCGGCCUCUACCUGAAACGCACAGGCUUGGGGCCAGAGAAGGAAGUGAUGUUCUUCUCGGAUCGGCCACAAGUGAUGGACCCAGCAGACGAGGACCGCAUUCACGUCCACGGAAGCCUGAGCGCAAAUCUGCUCAACGUGACCAUUUCACAGCUGCAGCGCAAGGACACGGCACUGUACUACUGCCAGUUUGUCUAUAAUGGGCAUCCCAAAGACGAGUUUAUGGCGGGCAAGAAGUCGUUCUUUCUCUUUGUUGAAGUAGAAGGUAUCCAUUGCAGUUGUUCCAGCUACCCCCCUCUGUUGUACGCCAUCUCUGCAGCUGUGGGCCUGCUCCUUCUCAUUCUCAUCUGCUUGGGUGCGACACAGUGUUGCAAGUCAUGCAAACAAAGAAAACCGCAAACCCUGGUUCCUAUAUAUGAGGAAAUGGCAGGGGUUCAGCCGGCUAACGGAAAAGCCCCCCGCAGCCACCUGGAGACCCUGCAUCAGGAGGAAACAGACCACUCCAUGUACGCCUCUAUGAAUGACAACCCACAAAUCAAGCAGAGGCAGGAAAACCACUACGUGAGCCCCAGAGGGACGCGGCUCCCUCUGCAGUCCAGCGCCACGUCGGGGGAAGAGAAGUGAGCGGGACGCCGCCUUCGCAUGCCCCAGCCUCCUUUUGGAAGUGCAUGGCUGCCUGCAGAACACGUUCCCUCCAGAGCGCAGAACCAAAGACCCGGCUGUCACUGUCCAUGUUGCAGGAUUGCCGACUGUGCCGGCACAGCAAAACCAUGAACCCAGAGACACACCCUAGACUGAGAGACCUUAUCAGAGAGCGUCAGCCUGCGGACUGGUGUCCGUUUUUUCACCAUCCACCUCCUGUUUGUCAAGAAAUGGGAAGCAAAGACGCGCUAGCAUCUGCUGGGAGCUGCGGUGACAACUUUCAUAAGCCCCGCAGGCCCUUAGAGGAGCAAGUGUUCAGAGUUCAGA